AUGGACUCCCUUCUGUCUGGCGAAGAGACGCAAGCUGUUGCUUACCAGCUGGUGCCUCUCGUCCCCAAAGGAUUCGGCCUCGCCGUCGAAGCGGUCGCAAUCUCUCUUGGGAUCAUCGGCUUGAUCGUCAUUUCUCUACGAGCCUAUGUGCGCUUUGGCUUCUCGGUGGGCUUGAGCAGAUCUUGGGGUUUAGAUGACAUCCUGGCUGUCAUUGGAACUCUUGCAUUCGCGGCUGCGAUCGUGUUCGCAGUCUAUGCCACCCGCUUCGGACUCGGCGCGCGGGAUCAAGACCUUCCCUCUACACUUUAUCAAAUCCGGGCCGCCGAAUACUCGACCUACUGGGAGGUUUUGUACCUUGUCUCCGCCAGUAUGACCAAGUGCGCUAUUGGGUUCGCUUGUAUGCGACUGGAUACGCGGAAACGAUUUGUCAUCCCGAUGGCUAUCAACAUGUCCGUCAUUGUAGUUGUCACCGUCCUGGCCCUGAUUUAUAUCUUUGUCACAUGCCGUCCACUGGCAGCGACUUGGAAUUCCUCACUGUAA